ACACAUUCUCUGUUUUAAUCCUGAGAUGGAUAACAUCAUCUUCUCCUUUUGGUACCCUUGAAAAGCAAUUAUCUAAUUUUGCAGAGGACUGAAAGGCGAGAACAGGGUUAAUCUCCAAUUCCAUUGGUCCGAGAAUUUUGUAUUUAAAUUCUUUGGACCAAUUUUGGUAACCUUGGACUCACAUUAAUGCUUUUCCAGCCUCAUUUGGGAGAAACAAGAAAUCAGGCCAAUUUAUGUACUAAGGCUGCCUUUUCACCUGCAUAAUGGGGUUGAAAUUCUCGAAGAAGGGGCCACAAAGGGCAGGAAAUUUGAGUUUGGACUUUGUCCAAAAUCAAUUCAUCCAUUAUCUCUCAGCAAGUCUCUUUAUACGUAACCUCGUGUCAAAGAAAAGACGGCGAAUGCUGGUUGCCGGCUAUGAUCUUGAUAUGACUUAUAUAACUGAUAGAAUAUUGGCCAUGUCAUUUCCUGCAGAACGCAUGCGAGCCAUGUAUCGCAAUCCUCUAUGGCAGGUUAAGUCUGUACUGGAAAUGAGACAUCCUGGUCAUUAUAAGGUCUAUAAUCUAUGCAUAGAAGAAUCUUAUGAUGCAAUGCAUUUUCAUGGUCGUUUGGAGAGAUAUCCUUUCGAUGAUAAUCACGUCCCUCCACUUUCGAUGAUCAAAGAAUUUUGUGAAGAUGUCUACUCCUGGCUAUCAAGUGAUCCAAAGAACAUUGCUGUUGUUCACUGCAUGGCGGGAAAAGGCCGAACCGGUUUAAUGGUAUCUUCCUACCUAGCUUAUUUGGGCAUGUCAGCAGAGGAGGCAAUGCAAUUGUAUGCAGAAAAAAGAACCACCAAUAAUGAAGGAGUCUCAAUAGCAAGCCAGCGUCGUUAUGUUGGAUACUGGGAGAAAGCACUCUCUUUCCCACAGGGCGUUAAUCAUAGUCCUCCAGAAGUAAACUUGCCUAAACCGUGUAGCAGAGAACUCCGGAGAAUCCGACUAUAUGAUACUGUCAACAUCGAUCAGAUCUUCUUCGUGGUCUCAGAGUUGCAAGACAUUCCAGGCCAGCGGUAUUGUCCCCCAGCAGAAGUCUCGAAGAGUUGUUGCAGACGUGUGGAAGAUGAUUGUCAAAAAUCUAAUAGCCCUUGUUAUUAUUACUCAUAUGUGGAUAGAGAUGGAGGAGAGGAGAAAACAUCACGUCGUUUGGUGGUACAAAUGGACACUGAAAGUUCCAUAAUCUACCAUAAAACUUGUCUUGGCUAUUCUUAUGAGAAACCAGUUCAAGUAACUGGAGACGUGCGCAUCAUUUUCUAUGAGAAAAUGAUUGGAGGGCGUAUCUUCUAUGCGUGCUUCAAUACAGCCUUCAUUACAAAUAGCCUGCUGCAGUUCUCCAUCAGAGAUAUGGACAAAGUUGGGAAAAAGGGCAGGUUAAUCUGUGGCCCUUCAUUCAGCUUGGAGUUGUUUUUUGGUCCAGCAAACGCUAAAUCCACGCUCACAGAUACAUCAAACGAUGAUAAUCUCAGCGACGCAUAGUUCCAGCUUAGUGUUUCUAAAGGCAAUCCAUUUGAUCAGCACCAUGCCCUGAACAUGUAUCCGUCUCCCGUCGAGUUUUUCAUGGACGGAAGGACUUUAGGAAUGGUGAAAAUUUUGUACUUAGAAAUCAUAGGCAAAUAUAUAUUACUCUCUUUGUACUAUAAUAAAAAUUAUUACUCCAA